ACUUCAAUUAUAGCAUGGUCGUUCUGCUGUGACCUCGUUCACUCCCUCCGUUUCCCUCGUCUGGUUUAUAGAGUCUAUGCUUGUCUUACGUCUCCCUUCCGGAACUUCCUCCAUCUUGAAGAUCUCGAAGAAGCAUCCAGCCCAAUACCCACACGGAAACCGCCGCAAUGGAAAAACAGGUCUAUGCUAUCCUUGUCCAUGCUUGAGAUUUUCCUUCUGCUCUUGCACCUUGCAAUAAACUGGUCCCGGGAAACACACUUGUUUAAUGGCAUUUCUUUGUUGGUCGCUUGGAUCUAUGCAACGACGAAAAUAUGGUGGCGACCUCCAACAACGCCACCUUAUCUCAUAUUUCUCUUCUAUAUAAUGAACUUUGUGUGCUCGUCGAUCAACACCGUCACCAUCUUGAAGACAGGGAACUACCAGCUUGAAACCUUUAUACUGUCGAGCGUGGACAUUAUUGUUUCACUAUCGCUCGUAUACAUAGUUGGAACGUUCCCAGUGAAAGAAUUUUUACCAGGACCGUCUGUAGCGACAGCGCAUGGGACCCCGUCUAGUGCGGAGACAAUGCCCGAGGACAACGUCACUUUAUGGCAAUGGUGCACAUUCUCCUUCGCGGAGCCUAUCUUCCAUAUCGCUCAAAAGGGAAGGCUCGAAGUAGCGGACGUAUGGUCACUAUCGCCGUUUUUCAAGCACAAGAAUCUUUUCUUAAAAUACUUAGAGUACCGUAAUCGCCAUCCAACACAUUCAUUGCUUCGUUUCUUGAUUGCAUCUAAUUCCCUUGACCUCAUUUUGGACAUUGUCCUUGAGCUUUGGAGUGCCGUUGCAGUUUUUGGAUGCGUGUACUCCCUUCAGCGGAUUCUUUCUGCUUUGGAAGCGACUCCAAAGGCCUUGUCGGAAGCAUAUUUUUUUGCCUUCGUCACCUUUGUCCUUCAUUUGUCUUUUGCCCAAGUUGAUCUUUUUCAAGCUUGGCAUUCCAGACGCUCGUACGAACGAGCACGGGGUCAGCUUUUCUGUGCGAUACACUACAAAGCGCUGAAAAUACGUGAUCAUACUAGCACAGCUAGAACGUCGAAGGAAGAAAGUAUAACUAGUGUCAAUUCUGCUGAUUUGGGAAAAAUCGUGAAUCUCAUGCAAGGAGACGCAUACAAUCUAUCAUUGCGUUUCUGGCAAGCGUCAACAGUGUUUGCUGCGACCGUUCGUUUAAUACUUUCAUUAGUAUUCCUUUACCGUGUGAUAGGAGUCAGCGCAUUUGCUGGAGUUGUCGUCGUCCUCGUGGCAUAUGCUUUGAAUUGGCCGUUAGCAAAGGCCAAUAUCCACAUUACCCGACAAAGCUGGAAGGCUAGAGAUGUGCGCAUGAGUGGUGUCAACGAGCUCUUCCAGAAUGUACGGUUUCUCAAACUCUACGGCUGGACGGGAACGUGGACGGACCGCGUGCUCGACAAACGCGAAAGGGAGCUUCGAUGGCGUGUAAAGGAGAACAUAUGUGCCGUCCUUAUAUCUUUUGUUUGGAUAUGGGUUCCGUCAGCCAUGGCUCUGUUCUCGUUCCUAUUCUACACAGUAGUCGCUGGUGGCCGCUUGACUGUAUCUAAAACGUUCACGUCUUUGGCACUAUUUUCGUUCCUUCGUGGACCUAUGUUGGAAUUGCCAGACCAAUUGUUCUCGUAUCUUCAUGCUUAUGUGUCCUACCAACGAAUAAAUGGUUUCCUCAAAGAAGAAGAAGUAUCAGAUUGGACCUCUACUCUUAAGCACAUACCUGUCCCUUGGGACAAGGAACCUGAAAUGAUUGGAUUUAAGGAGGCAUUGUUCGAGUGGUACGGAGUGUCCGAGGAAUUGGAUACACGAGAGCGAUUUAGACUUGGGCCUUUGAACAUAAAUUUUCCUUUAGAAAAGUUAACCUUGGUCACUGGCAGUACCGCCUCAGGAAAAUCUGCCUUGCUUAAUGCACUGCUUGGAGAGCUUUCUCUCCUGGGCGGUGAAGUGUCUAUAAAAAAGAGCGACCACUUCCUUGCGUACUGUGCACAGAAUCCAUGGCUUGAACAUGCUACUAUUCGUGAUAACGUCAUCUUUAAAUCCAAUCGAGGAUACGAUGAACAGAGAUACAACGCUGUUGUUGAAGCAUGCGCUUUAUUGCAGGAUCUUAGCAUGUUCGAGGCUGGGGAUCUGACCGAAAUUGGCGAGAAGGGAGUGACGCUAUCGGGUGGGCAGCGAGCACGCGUUGCUUUGGCUCGUGCAUUGUACUCGGAUGCAAAGUGUAUACUCCUUGAUGACCCACUCGCUGCAGUUGAUAUGCACACUGCUCGGCACAUCGUUGAGCAGUGUCUCAGGGGUGACCUCAUGAAAGGCAGGACCGUGAUUCUCGUUACACACCAUAUCUCCAUAUGUUUACCCGUGGCAUCAUAUAUUGUCGAGCUCUCUGGCGGUAAGGUUAUCAGACAAGGAACAGUGACGGAAUUGCAAGACUCUGGACAGUUGAAAACGGUAUUAGACACAGAGGAUGACACAACGUCUGACAAGGACGAGUACUCCGAUGAGACCAUCGUGGAACAGGAAAAUGAAGCGGAUGAAGUGGAUGCUGCAGCAUGCGACAAGUCUCAAAAGUCGUUGAUAAAGGGCAAACUCGUUGAAGCAGAAUAUCGCGCGGAAGGACGGGUAUCACUAGUGACGUACAUGAGCUAUGUCCGAGCGGCGGGCUGGAUCUCAUGGACGUUAACGCUUAGUUUGAUGAUCCUAAUUCGGCUCAUCCAAGUUGUCAAUGAUCUGUUCCUUGCAAACUGGUCAGAAGCUUUUGAAAAUAUGCCAUCGGAGCGUAUUCGACUCAGGAUUCAAAAUGCAUUUGACAUAUUCGUAACAGCGAAGCCGCCUUAUCCUCUUGAUCGGCUUCCUUCACCCAAUGAUGACACGAAACCUUGGCUAUUUGUUUAUUUGGUGAUCUCGGUUGCUAGUGCGAUCGUCACUUUAGCAUAUAUCUCUUUAGGAUAUUAUGCCAGUUUGCAAGCGUCCAGAAAACUUUUUACAGGAAUGCUGACGCGUCUAUCCAGAGCACCGGCUCGAUUUUUCGAUGUAACACCUUUGGGUCGAAUACUCAAUAGGUUCUCGACGGACAUCAACGCCGUGGAUGGAGUCUUGCAGCAGUCAGCACGCUCGGCAAUAACAGGAGUGCUUGAAUUCUUAGCAUCGUUCUUAUUUAUCGUCGGUAUUAUUCCCAAGUUUGCUCCGUUUGCUGUCUUCGUCGCUUGGUUGUACAUCCGAAUCGCACCUCCUUACAUCCGAGCAGCCAGAGACCUCCGUCGCCUAGAAUCAGUGUCAAUAUCUCCUGCAUUUUCAGGCUUCGAUGAACUACUGAGGGGAAUUACACAUGUUCGGGCAUUUGGAAUGGAACACAAAUAUCAAGAGUCUUUUUACAAAAAGGUCGACCUCUUUCAAGGAUUUGAUCACGUCUAUUGGUUGGUCGCUGGUUGGCUCAGAUGGCGUUAUGACUGCCUGGGAUCCGUGGUGGUUUUCCUAACAACCAUAUUUGCACUUUGGAGCGGUGCUUCUGAUGGGUUCACUGCAAUUGUCAUUGUUCAAGCCGGCGUAUUCGCAGAGGCAUCGAGGCAGCUUGUCAGAGUAUUGGCUCAACUGGAGCUUGAUUUCAAUUCAGUCGAGCGAAUAGGCGAAUACCUGGAAGCGCCUCAAGAAGCACCUGCCAUAGUGCAUGAAAAGCGACCACCAGCAUAUUGGCCGUCAUCUAGUGGAAAGCUUGUCGUUGAAGACCUUGUAGUUCGUUACGCUCCAGACCUCCCUACUGUUCUCAACAACCUCAGCUUUACCGUGAACCCAGGGGAAAAAAUUGGCGUCGUGGGCAGGACAGGUUCAGGUAAAACUACUCUGGCAUUGACCCUUUUACGUGUGGUCGAGCCUUCCAGUGGGAGAAUAUUGCUUGAUGGAAUCGACAUCGGGUCCAUUGGAUUGGAAGACCUUCGCACGAAAAUUACGACAGUUAGUCAAGACGUUUCGUUGUUCACAGGCAGUAUCCGAAGUAAUCUGGACCCAUUUGGCGAGCACUCUGAUCUUGAUUGCAUAGACGCCUUGGAGCGAUGCCACAUCAACAAACGAGAUGCGGAUGGAAGGGACGUCGCAUUUCUUGACACAAUGAUCGGUCCGACCGGGUCGCUGAGCGCUGGGGAAAGGCAACUUAUUGCACUUGCAAGAGCAAUUUUACGACGUUCACAGGUGAUAAUCAUGGACGAGGCUACAUCACAGAUUGAUACGAAUCUCGACGACAAGAUACAAAGGACUAUCAGAGAAGAACUGUCAGGUGCAAUGGUCAUCACCAUUGCUCACCGCCUCAAGACUAUUAUUGACUACGACCGCGUCUUAGUUCUUGGGGAGGGUGGUCGUAUUUUGGAGUUUGAUACGCCUCGAAAUCUAUUUAAGAAACCAGACAGCGCAUUCAGGGAGAUGUGUAAGCGAAGUGCAGACUGGGACGAAUUGAAGAGCAUAGUUGAGGGAUCUGAAUCGGCUUAGAGGCUGAAAACUUUAUUCCGCAUAGCUUGAUGCAAAAAGGAAUGAGCUCAAUGUAAAUAUAGAAAUGAACCCAAUGAAAUUAAAUGCAGUGGUAUGUCAAGCAAUCAUUCUCGCUUAAUGUUACAGAGGCGUCUCCCUUGCGCCGCGACCCGAGUGAUUGUCACCAAGUCUACUUUGAUGUUCCGAGGAACCCUUAAUUCGACGUUGCACGUGUGAAUGGAGUGGUCGCGAAUCCGACACGCUUGUUUGCGGUGUCAAAUACUGAGUAGAAGCGCUCGAGGAAGGCGAAUCCGUUGAUAAAGUCAAGUCCGGAACCGGAGUUGCUGCCAACGUCGUUCACAAUGAGGUAGACGCUGUUCGAGUUUCCGCCUAUAGCAGAGUUAAGCGAACGAGGCCAUGCCUGAGCAUUUGCAGUAAGCUCGAAAGUGGCACCACCGGUCGUGAAGAAUAAACUCUGAAGGCUAUUGAAUUGAGCCGUAGUCAGGCGCAGCAGGCCCGUGGUGUUAUCUUCUACCGCGCCUGUAGCGGAUCGGUACUUGUUAAACGCGUCCGUCGCAAUCAAGACGAGAGUCGUGCCAGUGUCGACAAUUCCAGCCGUGGUAGAAAGAAUGGUCGUGCCACCAUACUUGAUACUCUGGUUGAUACCCCAGAACUCGGACGCGGGACUUGUGCUGGUGAUAGGGGUGAAAGUAAUGGAUCCAGUGAAUUUCGAGCUGUCCGUUCCUCCAAAUGUCAGCUCGCCAUUGUUGGCAACCUGUUGUGUCGUUGGCUCGAACGAAAUACCGAUUUCGUUCGCGCUAAUCACUCCCUGACUGAAAAGGUUGUCCGUCACAGUGGGGAUCGUCGAACGAGUGUCUGGGCUCAAAGUGCCGACGGUGAGGUCUACCGGUCCUAUACCCAAGAUGCCGUCCACCCCAUCAAAGCCUUGAGAUGUGGAGGCCACUCCAAUACUCUGCUUAUUAAUAGUAAGCCCGCUUCCAAGAGAUACUGUGUCGGUAAAUUCUGUCCCGCUGAAAGAUCCCGAGCCAUAGGUGACAGACACGCUGUCUUUGGUCUGUGUGCUAGUGCUGGUCUUCGCAUAGGACUUCCCAGCUCCGACCCAGGUGUUUGAACUCCCCGUAUCGAUCAACAAAGAAUAGGUGGUAGCUGGGCUGCCAACCCCAACAGACGCAACGUAGGUCACGGCCUGGUUUUGUACGCCGACACUGAUGACAGCAUCCUUCUGAAGCCUGCCGGACGAACGAGCUUCACCAAUUGUGCGCAGCGCAGCAGCUCUAGCCUGGUCAUUCUUAAGAAUAUGGCCCAUGCUAGUCACAUUGACCUGUCUCGCGAUGGGCAGACGAACGAGGUUGUCGCGCACGACAACCGGGUUCGCCGAGACGGUGAAAGCAAGGAGAAGAAUUGAGAGGAGCGACGAAAAGGCGAACAUGCUGGUUUGCACAGGAGUGAAGGGAGCCGGGGAGACUGGGCAUUGAACAGCUUCAUUAGGGGCUAUUUAUGCGCUUGACUGGAGAGGAGACGAAGGCAGAGAAGAAGCUACAACACGGAAGCACGAUUUCAUCAUCCCGGUGGAUUGGUAUUGUAACCAAAGUCUCCGCAUGUUGCAAGAAGUCUAUCGCAACCGUAUGACGGGAACAUUGCUAAAUAUAACUCCUUGUUCUCUCCUCACGCGACAUGCUCAACUCGUCUGGGAAGGCGCUCAUCUCCCAGCCUAGCGCAGCUCGACACGUCAACAGCAAGGUACGGGUUCCGACUGCCUCCGUUUCCAAAGUAGGCUUGAGAUGCAUUUAGAUGUUUUGCUCCGCCAUAUAUCCUUUCCUUUUUCAUAUGUCGCGAAAAACAUUACAUUCUUGGCUUCGGUCCGCAGACUGAACAGACCAAAAGCAUCCGGAUGCUCGACCCACGGCGUCCGGAAAGCGCAGCCAAGACAACCCGGAAAGAGUCGAGAGCCUACCGGGUUGCAACUGUCUUCCACCACUGCCAAAAGUCCAUCUAGGCAGUGCAGAACUUCUAUGUAAACCUGCGCCGCAGCAACUUUGAAAACGCAUGGUCCCCUCGGUGGGCGUCAUCCAGAACCAAAAGUGCGACUUGCAUAUCUCAGAGAACCACGUGGAAUUGCGCGAAGUUAUUCGCCUUGAUGAUUCGCGGCU